UGGCUGUGAAAAAACUUUCAACGGCAGGACAAGAACAUGCCUCAGUUGAAAGGCAUUGAGCAAAAAAACAGUAAAUCUAGCAGCGACAUCGCCCGAAAUAAUAGAAGAAAAGUCAGUUGACUUAUUAUCGGUUAGUAGUGAAGACUAUAAAGAUGAUGACGAAAUCAGUUUCAGUGAAGGCCGAUUACAAGCAUGGAAUUUAACGGAAUUUACAAAACAACUGAGUGGUUCUGCAGCAGCAAUAAUUUUAAUUUUCGGGUGCGGAAUUACAUCGGCCUGGGCUAUAACUGACCUAAUCAAAGAUAUUCAACUUAACGAAGCCGAAUGGGUUGACCUUGACUAUAGCUUUGAGCUAUUUGAAAAUGAUGAGGACGAGUUUCUUAGUUCGCGACAUGUAAUCAUUGCCAUCGUUGUCUUGAGUUUUAACUUUGGCAUAAUCAUAGGUGGAAUAUUUGGUGCUUUUCUAACGCCAGUUUUACCCAAUCAAGCCAUUUACGCUCUUGGAUCGGUAUGUAUGCUAUUUACAGGGAUAACGCUCACCAAACACACAUCGGCCAUCUAUUGCGCGAAAUCCCGUUUGGUCGUGGGACUCAUCUAUGGACUAGUUCAACUUUCUGUUAUUGUUCAAGCUGCAGAGUCCACAACGAAAACAGUGCGACGUUGGAUUUUGAUAAAUGUGGCAUAUGUUAGUGCAGUAUCAAAUUUGAUUUCAACACUUAUUUUUCAUUUCUACGAUGACCGAACGGAAAUUACAUAUACCGAAGAGAAUCCAGCUCUUUAUGUUAUCUCUUAUGUGAUGAUUGGGUGUUCAUUGUUUGCUUUAAUCAUAAACUUUAUAUGUACAACUGACACCAUUCCAUUUUAUCUGAAUCGCGGAGAAGAUACAAAAGCAUUCAGGGAGCUUUCGCGGUUGAAAUCUGAACAUCUUUCGAUGCUCGACAUUCGAUAUGAGUAUGAACGAAUUAGGUUCGAUGUUUUACAGUGCACCCUGGACGCGAACCGCAGUUUACAAAACAAUCGUGUCCCACUUAUAACGAUGUGCUGCGUUCGCAUAUUAAAUCUUCUGUUCACCUCAGUUCCUAUAACCCUUGUCCUCAUUUGGAAUCCUGAUACAAGCACCAAAGAAACCAGCCUUGAGAAUAACUUCGAACCGAACAAUUCUUCUCAACUUGCAGCGCCAACAGUAGAAAGUGAUCAAUAUAUAUCACCCUUAACUACAUUAUCAGUGCUACAAGCAUUUAGACUCAUUUGCAGUAUUGCCGUGAUGAUUAGACAGGAUAAAUAUCAUUUCAAUCGAUUUUGCUACAAAUUGGCUUUCGUCGCUGGAGUCACGCUCAUGGUUUGGUUUCUGGCUCGAGUUGUUUUCACUUCAAUCGACACGAUACAAAAUAUAUUUUUCUAUCCAGUUUCGAUAAUUAUAAUGAUGGGUUUUAUUGGUUUGCCGAUUCCACUGGACAUAAUACAAUUAUGUCAGUCGGCCGACUCUUAUUCUCGUAUUAAAAAUAAUGCAUGGUCUUUGGCAAUGGCAAUUUUCAUUGAAAAUAUCAUUCAUAUAUUUUUGAUAAUUCAACUAGAUAUGAUUUUUGGGGUAAUGUUUGUUUUUUUGGUGAAUGGAGCAACAAUGAUAUAUUUCAGUCAUUGGCUGUUGAAAUAUAUGCCGAACGUCGUAUCAAUCCAUCCGAUAACAGUGGCCACAAUAGCAAGAUACCCUUUCAAGAACGUUAACGAGUCUCACACAGUUCAUAUUUAAUUUUGUUUUCUGUUUUGCUAAAAUUCUUGACAAUCAACGAAUUCACCAAAAACUCAGUGUUAGCUUUACUCAAUUAUGUUUGAUCUUUGUUUAUUGAAACAAUAUCCAAUUAUUAUCCAUUAAUCAUUGUGAUUUAUCAAAUACUAAGAUUUCAAAUGUAAGUUUGUCAAAUUAUCAUUGUUUCAUGCGGAAGGAAGAUUAUUUGUUAAGGAAGGGCUGUCGAUG